AUGGAUCGUUGGACUGGUAUCUUAAAGAUUCCUGUUUGCCCAAAGGGCACUGCGCUUUGUAGAAUAGCUGUGUCUCUCUAUAUUUCACCUUCAAAAGCACUUCUUGUGCCUACUGCAAAUGCCAUCUUCUUUAACGGAGAUAGAGUUGAAGGGACUGGCAACCCAGUGAUCGAGAGGCUGUCUGAUAUACAAAAUAUUGCUGACGUUCUUGUGUCGAAAUUUGGAGCUUCUAUCAAUGCAUGGUGGGGGGAGCCACAACCUUAUAGGCCUGAUGGAUAUCCGGCCUCGACUUCUGUAAUUGAACUUUUUACCAAUUUUCCUAAAGAGCUCAUAAGUGUUGAGACUAUAUGUAGUAUGACAAUGCUCAACUUAAUAUGUGAUGGAGCAUAUGAGUUGCCUUAUUAA